AUGGUGCAACGUAUAUACGUGGAUGAUGGUGGAGAAGUGAUUGAACGGUUUGUUGGGGUAGUGCAUGUAACCGACACUUGUGCAUCAUCUUUAAAAAUUGCAAUUGACAAUUUCUUUGCAAAACAUGGUUUAACAAUGUCCAGAGUUAGAGGCCAAGGUUAUGAUGGGGCUUCAAAUAUGCGUGGUGAGCUUAAUGGGUUAAAACAAAAAAUUUUAGAUGAAAAUAAGUAUGCAUUCUAUAUUUAUUGUUUUGCUCACCAGUUGCAGUUAGUUGUCGUGGCUACAUCAUCUGAGUAUGCAUCUGUGAGUGGUUUUUUCGAUUACCUUGCGAAAAUUGUGAAUAUUGUUGGAGCUUCAUGUAAAAGGAAAGAUUCUAUUCGGCAAAAACAGUAUGAUGAUUUUGUGAAACGUAUAGAGAUGGGCGAAAUUUGCACAGGAAAGGGAAAAAAUCAAGAAAUGAGCUUAGCCCGAGCUGGUGACACUCGUUGGGGUUCUCAUCUUAAAACUAUACAUCGACUUUUAGACUUGUGGAAGCCAGUGAGAGAGGUGCUUAUUGCUUUGUCUAGAGAGGGUGCUGAUGGAAAAAUUCGAGGUAAUGCGCUAAGUUUGGCUGAGAAAAUGGAAAAUUUUGAAUUUGUGUUUAUUGGUCAUUUAAUGUUGAACUUAUUAAGAAUGACAAAUGACUUGUCACAAGCGUUACAAUUAAAGAAUCAAAAUAUAGGCAAUGCAGUUCGCUUGAUUGAAGAUAUGAAAUAUGAUCUAAAGAAAUAUAGGGAUGAUGGGUGGGAGGAAUUAAUGAAAGAAGUCACUACAUUUUGUUCUCAAAAUGAAAUUCAUAUGCCUAAUAUGGAAGAUGUCAUUCCUGGCCGCGUUAGACGAACAAUUGAUGAUGAGCCACAAACAUAUCUCCAUCGUUUUCGUGCCGAUAUCUUUUAUCAGGUUGUUGAUCUUCUUCUAAAUGAGAUGAAUGAGCGUUUUACCAAGUCAAACUCCGAGUUGCUUAUGUGUAUAGCGUCCCUUGAUCCAAGAGAUUCAUUUCAAAAUUUUGAUCGUGAGAGGUUAUUACGUCUAGCCGAGCUAUAUUCAGAAGAUUUUAGUGCUUCAGAUCGAGGUCUACUUAAGAUACAACUUGACCGAUACAUUUCAAAUGUGAAAAAUAAUGAAGUCUUUUAUGGUCUUCGUGAUAUCGGAGAACUUGCGAAGAAAAUGGUUGAUAUGAAAUAUCACAUCACAUAUGGAUUGGUCUAUCGACUACUUGAAUUGGCUUUGGUCUUGCCCGUUGCAACGGCUACCGUAGAAAGAUCGUUCUCCGCGAUGAAGUUUAUCAAGACUGAUUUACGCAACAAGAUGGGUGAUGUUUUUCUUACGGAUUCAUUGUUAUGUUAUGUUGAGAAAGAUAUUUUUGCAAGUGUCGAAAAUGAAGCAGUUUUACAACGAUUUCAAGCGAUGGGACCCCGAAGGUUACAACUACCAAAAGAUACGUCGGUUAGGAAUAAAAUGUGA